AUGAGCUCACCAUCCCCGGCUAAUGAGCAAGCUUCCCCGUGCGAAACCUCUGCCCAGGGAAAAAAUGCGUCUUGCCAAGGCCUCGGCAUUUCAAUCCGGUCAAACAGAGGGUCUGAACCCAGCUUCAAUGAGAAGAGGACGGGUCUUACUCAGUUCUCGCAAACAGCUCUGCCAGCAACAACCUCCGGAUCACCUCUGAACCGACCGGAGCCUCAUUCGCCUGUGAAACAGCAUUCUCCCCUCGGAAAAUCGGCAGUUCCUGGCCAAAGUGCUGAUUCAGACGACCAAGACGAGUCAUUCUCAAGCCGUACUGCGGCGUGGUGCACCCCCGACGCCUUGAGGAAACGGCAAGGGAGGAUGUCGUUGACCGGCGAUAAGAUAAUUGAGGAAAGGUCGGGAUAUGCUCAGGAGCGACCAGGUACUUGGUACGCAAGACACAACUCGGCGGGCCCAGAUCGUCACACAGAAUCACAACACUUGGCACCAGACGCUACACCCUCAAAGCCUCGGCCGUCUUCGCUUGUCACGGUGACGCCCGCACCAGCCGCCUCCAAUGCGGGCCGCCCAAAUGUCAAAUCCCCAGCUUCGAUCCCGCGCUUCUCCUUUUUCAACAUGAAAGUACUAAAAGGUUUUGCCACCGGUCCGGUCUCGCCAGUCAAGGAUGACGAGCUUGUCAACCUCGACAUUUACUCUGCAUUAUUUCCCAAGGGGCCACCUAAAGAUGGAGAACCGUUUUCACCUGCUGCGUUCAAAAACUUGGAAAUGAGCGCCGUUGGAUUGCUCCGAAGAUUUCAGUCCGAGUAUCAGGAUAAGGCUGCUGCUUGUCAGGAACUCCGGGCCGAACGGGACGCUCAGCAAGACGAAAGGCUCGAAAACGAGACACGAAUUGCGCAUCUGAAACUGCAACUAGAAGACAUGGCGCAAAGGGCUGCCAAGACAGAAGCCACCAUGCGAGGCUUGAUGGAAGAGCUGAAGCGCGAAAAGAAGUUGAAGAGGGAGGUCAAAAUGGCGAGGGCAAAUGGCGUCAUCACUUCGUCGGGCACGUCUAGCAUUUCAGAAGAUCUCUGCGCCGAGGACGAUCAAAGAGAGAAGCAACGCCGUCGACGAAGCGGAGGUACAACAAAGUCUGACAGUGCAAGUGGUGACACGGACGACGAGAGCGUCGAUGAACUCAGCCUAUUCUCUAGACCGCGGAGUCCGACUUUGGCGGUCAGCAUCAACUGUUCAGACCCCAUCGAGGGUUCCACGCGUGAGGGUGCGACAAAUACUCACCCGUUUCCGCAGAUUAGCAAGUGCGCGGUCACAUUGGAGCCUCCUCGCGUAGCAAGGCAAUCGGAGCCUCCAAUGUCUGCGUUCCAGAAGCUUGUGAGGGGAAUCUCGGGCGAAACUGCCUACUUGCGCGCUGGGCAUGGGUGUGAAAGCUGCCAAGGGCAAGACGCCAGCAUAGCCUGGGACACUGCCAGCCUCCUACGAGAUGAAAACCGGGGGCUAAAACGAAGAGUCGGCGAGCUCGAGACUGCAGUGGAGGAGGCUCUCGAUGCGGUCAUGGGUUUUAACCUGUGA